GUUUGAAUUGUAUAAGCCCAAUGACGAGCAAUUUUCCAAAGCCAACACAUUAUGACUAAAUGGAGCCCGAUAAUGAGACACUCACGUCACGCCUUAUCUCUGUAUCAGCUUUUACUAUAUUAGCCCCAGCCCCGACCAACAGCAUUUAGUAGUCGCUCACAUUCUGACAGCACCACACACGACCCACCAAAUUGUGAAAAUGGACUUUUAUUACUCACCUGGCUCGGCGCCCUGCCGUUCCGUUCUAAUGACUGCUGCCGCAGUGGGUGUCAAACUUAACAAGAAGUUGUUGAACACCAGCGAACAGGAGCAACUGAAGCCGGAGUUCCUAAAGCUUAAUCCGCAACAUACGAUUCCAACGCUGGUGGACAAUGGCUUCUCCAUCUGGGAGUCGCGUGCCAUUAUCGCGUAUCUGGCUGAAAAAUACGGCAAGGACGACUCGCUCUAUCCCAAGGAUCCACAGCAGCGUGCUCUAGUUAAUCAGCGGCUAUACUUUGACAUGGGCGUGCUGUACCAGGCCUUCGCCGAUUAUUACUAUCCCCAAUUUCGCUAUAACAAGCCAGCUGACCCUGAGAUGUAUAAAAAGGUGGAGUCUGCCUUUGCGCUCCUGAACACCUUCCUGGAGGGUCAGCAAUAUGUAGCCGGCAGUAAGCUGACAAUUGCCGACAUUUCCAUUUUGGCCUCGGUUUCGACUGUUGUUACAGUGGGCUUCCCCCUUGAAAACUAUCCGAACGUUGCCAAGUGGUACGAACAUGUCCAGAAAGUGACUCCUGGCUGGGAUGAGAAUCUAAUCGGCUUGGAGAAGCUGAAAGAGCGCAUAGCAGCAAUGAGCAAGAAAUAAAUUCUGGCCAUCUUUAAUUAACCUAUAUUUAUGUCUACUAUAAUAUACGUACACCUACUUUAGUUUGAUCCAUGACACAUCACAAUAUAAUUAAAAGCGUGUUCUUAAAUAAAAAAUAACACAACUAG